UAAUAUAGGAUUGUUAUUUUAGUUAUUUAAUUUAAAGAAUUUAAGUGAGGAUCGACGGGCUAAAGCAGUGACAAUUAAUUGUCGAUUCUCUAUUGUUAUAGAUGAAUCAAAUUAUUUCAUUGCUGUCUCGAAUCCUCAUCUUAUAAAUCGACAAUUUUGGUCACGUUUGAAGAUAAAUACAAGUAUUAUAAACAUACGUAAUGGAGAAAUUACAAUUUGAAUUCAUCGUGAAAGCGAAGCCGGAUGAUAAUAAAACCAAUAUUUAUGCCAUAACUACUAUCACGGAUACACAAGGCCAAACUUAUAUUAUGCCUCGAGAAUAUCAAUCGGUGCAGUUACACAAAGAAAUAAUGAAACAUGAAAUAUUUGACAAAAUAAAGAAAUCUCUCCAAAAAAGGCAUGAUAAGAGACAGGUUUGGAUUACAUUAACUAAGGAUAUGAAAAGUACAUACUUGGAUGAUGGCAACAUACAAUUUGAUGGGUAUUUGCUUGAAAAAUUAGAACCAAGUCAAGAGUCGUCAUCGACAGAGUCAUUGUCGAAGAAAAUAGGAAAUAAAACAAAACUAUUAGCAGAAUUUUCAAUACAGAAGUUUUCAAGAAAUACAACAAAUGUUCAACAAUGGUUAGAUACUUAUGAAAGUGAAUGUGCGCGCUUACAAAUAGAUACAGAUUUACGAAAGAUAGAAAUGCUAAGAUUACUAUUAGAAGAUACGUGUUUGGAUUGGUACACCUCCAUGAUUAUAAAAUAUACAAUUGAUUCGGAGUGGUCUGUAUGGAAGAAGAGUUUAUGUGAAGCAUUUGCCGAUAAAGGUUGGUUACCAAUCCGAUAUGCUAUUAAUUUUAAAUACAUACAAGGAUCAAUGUUAGAAUACGCUCUAAAAAAAGAGAGACUAUUACUAGAAACUAACAAAUCAAUAGAUAAGAAAACUCUAAUUUACUUGAUUGCCACUGGUCUACCAAAUUUCAUAAUGGAUAAAAUAGACAGAGAAAGCCUUAAAGAAGUGAAUGACUUAUUUAACUGUAUAAGAGGACUAGAAACUUUUGCAAGAAAAUAUGAUACGAAGAAAACCCAAAGCACAGGAAAUACAUACAUUAAACCAGAAAUAAAACAAACUGGUAAAAAGUCCUGCAAGAUUUGUGAAAAUAAUGGAAAAUUUAAUAGAUUUAUAAUUUAUUAA